CGAGACGCUGUCUGCAGCUUUAAAAAAAAAAAAACUUUGUCCCACAGAAAGUGACUACGCCUAGUAACGACGUAUAAUAACACGCAGUUUCUGCGAUAUUGUGAAUGAGGUUUGUGUGUGAACAGUGAAACAACACUAGACGCCCGGCUUAUUCUGGAAGUUUCUGAAGUUUAAUUACACAGUACAACAAUGCACUCUUGUGCAAAGGUCAAAAUUAUACUGAACAGCAGUGUUAUAAACCCGGAGACGCUUUCUCAAUGACACAGUGGAGUCUGGCAGCGCAUUCCAGAACCGCAAGGCUGUGCCUAAGAAAGAACAACACAACUGAAGAGGCGAAAAGGACUGAUGGACACGAGCCCACUGGAGCCUGUGGAGGAUGCAGACCUUUUAAAUGACAAAGCUCCCCUGUUGAAUACUGAGGACACAAGCACAAUGGAGUGGGAAAAGCUGAAAAGUAAAGAGACGAGUCCCCUUGAGAAUGCAGAGGACUUGAGCUUGAAGGAACCUGUGGAGAGACCGACUGGAAAUGCUCACAGCAAUCGUAGGAACCCCUUCAUGAAAACAGAGGAUAAGCGCCUAAAGGAGCCAGGAGAGAAUAAGAAAGAAGGUGCUCAUUGCAGUGGGACGAGCUCCACAGUGAAUACUAAGGAAAGCAACAGUCUUUUGGAUUGGUGGAAGAACGAGGAAGGGUGGGAUGACUGGGACUCUGAUGAAGAAUUCACUGACGAACAACAAGCCAGGGUCAUUGCCACUACAGCUUGCAAAGUGUUCAAAGGCAUCAGGCUCUUCAUGCAGCUGUUCCUGGACCGCUUUGAAACAUUCCAGAAGUACAUCAGCGAGCUCUGCGUGAUCGCGGACGGAGUCGACCGCUUUCACAAGAAGGCGACGAUCGCCAGCAUCACUGGAGGAGCUGUGAGCGCGGCCGGUGGGGUGACAGCCAUCGCCGGCCUCAUCCUGGCUCCCUUCACAUUCGGGACCUCCCUCAUAGUGAGCGCUGUGGGGCUGGGGGUCGCCACAGCCGGGGGAGUGACCAGCGCCUCCGCCAACAUUUCAGACACGGUCAGCAACUCCUUCGACCGCAAAAAAGUGGAGAAGAUCAUCGAAGGGUACCAAAACGAGAUGAAAGACAUCUCGGAGUGCUUGGUGUUCGUGAAAAAGGGCAUGGACAACAUGCAGAGGUUCGAUAUGUCCAAGGUCAACGACAGCAUGUACAACCAAGCUUUCCCAAAGUUAGGAGGGGCGCUGCAGAAAGGGACGAGGGUCGGGGGUCAAAUUAACGAUAUUAUCCAAGUGGUCCAGCUGGCCAGACUGACUGGUGGGGCGGCCACUGCAGUCCGAGUGGUCAGUGUGGCGUCCGUGGUUCUGUCCGGGUUGUCCGUGGCUUUAGAUGUGUUCUUCAUCGCGAAGGACUCCAUGGAAUUGUGGAAAGGGGCCAAGACCGAUUUUGCGGCUAAAAUCCGUGAGGUGGCAGCUGACCUACAAACAGGCUUGCUGGAGCUUAAUAAAAUAAGAGAAGAGCUUCAGCAGACAACCAAAGGGCUUUCGGAGACGCAGGUUCCCAUUCACUGAGUUGUUUUUCCUCCAGAUCAAAUUGCACACAAUUAUCCAUUUUAUCGAAUAAAAAAAUUUACGAAAGCCAACCCCACUGCUGCAAGUUCUACACUUUACAUUCCUGAAGCCGUCUGAGAUACAGAGUUGUAGGGUUAUUGAAUUCCUCUACAGAAAUGUAUGCCCUUAACACUUUCAGUCCUGAAUAAUUUUUGUUGAGCUGAAAAAUAAACUCUUUGCCUAUACAUGAGAACACUCUACCUCAGACUGGGACUAAUAUGUGUUAGCAUACAGAGCUAGGAUAAGGCAGGACAAGGGUUAAAAUUGGCGUUUGUUGAAUAUGGCUGACAUUGUUGGGUUUCUGGGUAACGGAGAUCAGAGUGAAAUAGUGGCUUCACAUUUGGUACACGGCUGUGGUCUAUAAGUCCGGGAGCCAAUAUUGCAUAAAGCGCUCUAAAAGUUGACUUAAUAGUCCCUAAAAGUAGUAGAAUUUUAAUGUCCAUUUUUGUAAGCUACAGGUCUCACAGAGAAAUAAAUAACAGGUAUGCUAAAAAAUAUGGAUUGCAAAAGUCUUUAAAUUUGCACAAACGUUUUUUAACAAAAGAACACAGUUGUACAUAGUUUGCAGUUCUUCCAGGUUUAAUGUCACUUAAAACAUGUGUAAUGGUUCAUUGACAGACUAUCUGGGCUCUUUCAGGGCGUUUAUUAUAUAAAUAUAAAUGCUGUAGCAAUGCAGGUCAGCGUCUUUGGGGUACCUGUUGUGAUGACCUACUUCAGUGUGGCUCUUAACUAGAAUGCUUCUCUUUAUCUAAAUCAAACUAGAUUAAGUUAUAUAUUCAGUUGUUUAGUAAAGUCUGUGCAGGCCAGCUGCAUAUGGGGUGCCAAAUGUAAAAAAUAACACAAAUAUUUUUACCUGUCUUUAUUCCCCAAAACAUGACUGUUUUUCCCCAAUUUAUAAAUAUUGUGAAUAAUGCAUACAUUCAGGUAUAAUUUAUAAAUCUGAAAAUAUUUAACAACUUCUAACCUUUAAAUAAAUACUUAAGUUAAAUCCUAAUUCUGGGUUUUGCUAAAUAAUGAUUUCAAUUUUAAACAAAUAUUUAACUGAAAUAUAAGUUAAAUCCUAAAUCUGGGUUUUGCAAAAUAAUGAUUUAAAUUUUAAAUAAAUAUUUAAGUUAAAUCCUAAAUCUGUGUUGUGCAUGGGCUGGGAACAGCUAGCUUUUAGUAAAGUCAGUGCAGGCCAGUAGCACAGGGAUUUCCCCACGAUAACCUGUGUUUGCUUUAGCACAAAGGUACUCUUGGCUUCCCUUUAUCUCACACAGUAUAUAGUAAUAAUAAUAUAUUUAUAUAGCACCUUUCAUAGUGGACCACCCUCACAAAGCGCUUUACAGAGGUAGGCUGUGAACUGUGCAUUAUAUGCAGAGUCACUUACAAUAGGACAUUGAUAUAACAUCUCAUCCGCAGGAUAGAGCACAAGGAGGUUAAGUGACUUGCUCAGGGUCACACAGUGAGUCAGCCAGGUGGGAUUUGAAGCGGUGACCUUCUGGUUACAAGCUCUGGACUUUAACCACUGGACCGCACUGCCUCGAUUUUGUGAAUGCUUUUUAAUACUAAGUUUUUGGAGUGUAUUGUAUUACGCUGUCAGAAAAUGGAUGCUGAAUUUUCAAUGCCAAGGAAAAGAGCUCUCAAAAACGGAAUGCCUUACAGCAAAAAUACCUGUGCAAAAUAAUCCACCUUCCCUCUUUGAAGAUCAGACAAUGCUGACUAGAUUUGCUAUGCAGAAGAGCCAAAAAAAAAAUUUUUGAUUGGAAGGUGUUCUAAUGCCAAAACAAAUACUGAAGGAACAUGAAGAAUCAUUUUAAAAAAAUCAGGUUCUUUAUUAUUUAAAAUCCAUGAUGUCAAAUCCGAGACCCAUAGAGACCUCGGAAAAAUCUAUCAACGUUUCAAGUCAAGACAUUUCAUUUUCACAAUUAAACAAUUAUCCAUUUAAUUAUAUUGUAUACGUUGUCUUUUGUACAGAAUUCUUAUUAUUUUCAAAACAACAGUAUUAUAAGGGACAGAAAAUACAAAAGACGGAUAGAAAAAACGUCAUCAUACUUCAAAUAACUAUAAAAAAAGGCUUGAAAUCCAAUUCAUCGUUUAAGCCUGUUGGUUUCAAAGUCUCCAAAGUGUAAAUCCAAUAUGUCUCUCUUUUUAGUAAUUUUUUUAUUGAGAUUACCUCCCCUUGUGGAAACCGUUCUAAUUCCUAAAAUAAAGGGAACCUGCUACAUUAUCUGAGCGAGUCUGGGACUUCAGAUCACCUCAGUCUUCCCUUUGAGCUCCAUGUUGUCCAAAGACUCAGGUAAAAGAAUUCACUUGACAAAAGAAACGGUUCGAUUUCUUCCAAAUUUGAGCUGUAUAAAGCAUAAGGAAGCAAGACACAAGGAUUAUUACUCACAUUAAUCGCGCUGCUUCAGAAAUGGGCUAUGAGAGAGCAGUUGUGCAAGCAACUGACACAGACAUAAUCCUCCUCUGCAUUUCUUUUUCAUCAAGAAUACCUGGCCUACAGGAAUUAUGGGUUCAGAAGAAGUAAAGGUUCCAACCCAUCUGAUUUCCAAGCAACUGAGUUCUAAAUUUAAGAUUUCAGAAUACUGCUUAGUGUGCUUCCAUUUUUACUGGCUGUGACAGUCAGUUAUCCUUUCAGGAAAGGGGAAAAAAUAAAUUGCAAAACUUGUUUUGGCUUCCUGCAAUGAUUUCACUGCCCUUGCAAGCUUUGGGUGAGAUACCAUCUCAUGCAGGUGAAAAAAGUGUUUGACAACGUUAUGUCAGAGGCAAAGGCACUAUUCGUAAGGCUCUACGGCAGAGAGAAAUUUGACACUCUAGACAGACUGAGAGCCCAUCUUUUCUGAACAGUGUCUGCCAGAGCCGACCUUAAAAGCUUGCCUCCUACCGAUCUUUCUUUUCAUCUGCAAGCUGGGUGCUCUUCAUCAAAUAUUAGUUCUGUGUGGUCCAGUGGUUAAAGAAAAGGGCUUGUAACCAGGAGGUCCCCGGUUCAAACCCCACCUCAGCCACUGACUCAGUGUGUCCCUGAGCAAGUCACUUAACCUCCUUGUGCUCCAUCUUUCGGGUGAGACGGAAUUGUAAGUGGCUCUGCAGCUGAUGCAUAGUUCACACACCCUAGUCUCUGUAAGUCGCCUUGGAUAAAGGCGUCUGCUAAACAAAUAAUAAUAAAUAAAAUAAUAAUAUAUGUGAGCAAAAGUGCUUGAAUGAUCCAACACUUCCAGACCCAUUGCACUUUGGCAGAAGAGUAACCAAUGACAUCCUUAGUCCAGUACUAAUGACAGAGUCACCUAAGCCACUGUCACUGGAAGAAAAUUAUUUUUGUGGGUGUAAGAAAGGACGAUGACUUCGCCAUUGCAGAUGUGCAAAAAAACGUUUUUUACUUCUCAAUCCCAGUAUUUAUUUGUGGUACUUUUUCGGUACCCAGAUUUGCCCAUCUCUUGAACUAAUAUUGUCUUGUCUUAAAUACUUAAGUAAUACGUUUUGCAAGUGCAGAUGUGCUGUGACUAAGCAGUUUGUUUUUUCAUGUCUUUUAAUCUGUCAAAACUGUAUAAAGAAUGUAUAUGGGUUUCUGCUGGGUUCAGAUCUGCCCUUCUUAAUUGUAUUGCUGUCCUUUAAUACAGGAGGGAGGGCCUUUUCUUGGAAUGCUCUGAUUCCGGAAUGCUCUGCCUCCUUCUGUCAGGGAAACUGGGACUCCGACUGAUUUUAAAUCAAGAUUGAAAACUGAUGUUUACAAAAUAGCUUUUUCUAUCUUAGUUUUUCUAAUUUUACUAUCAAAACGGUAUUUUCUUUUUGUCCAUUUUUUUAAAUUUCAGUUUUAUUAAAUUUUGUAGUUUUGAUUGAACAGUUUAA